CGUCGCUUUGGCAUUCACUGAAACAUCAGAUGGAGGGGAAGGCAGAAACGAAACGUUUCUGCGUAGUUCGUUUCUUCUUCAAGCUUCAAGCUCCCGCCUUCUGCAGAUAGCCGUUGAGAAAGCCGUUGAGAAUCACUCAUCUUCUUCCUGGAUUGAUAGCUAGUGAGAGUGGCGAUGGACGAUGGAGGUCAGAUCGGACGAGAUGGACGAUGGAGGAGGCGAUUGGAGAGUUCUGGUGGCGGAAUGGCGAUGGCCGGCUAUCGGCUGGUCGCUGUCGAGAAUCACAGAACGCAAUGGAGGGAGGUGAUUGGCCGGCGGAGGAGCUUGGAUUCUCUUCUUCUUCGUCUUCUUCAAAGUGUGAAGAAAGAAGAUAGAAGAGUUUGAGGGUUAGAGAGGGAGAGAACAUAGAGGAAAGUCAUGGAGGGUUGGGAUCUCUGCUGGGAGGUGGGCUAGGCUCAGGCUUGUGUGGAUUUGGCUUUGUAUUAUCCGGUUUUUUCUCGGUUUUAACCUGAUCGGGCCGGGACGAUUUUUUUUGCGAAUACUAUAACCGCAAAUUGGAUUGGGUUGAUGGAAAUGCGGUUUCGGUUACAACCGCAACGGUUAAACUGGCCAGUUUUGGUUUGACCAGAAAACCGGUACCGGAUUCGUUUGAGAUUCUCGUCUACCCCGGCGGAUCCCCAACUCUUCUUCUGCCGCAGCUCGGGGUUUUCUUUCUUUCUUUCUUUCUGAGAACAGUUUGGCUUUCCGCCGGUGGAGUAUUGACGUCCAGUUGGAGCCGCCAGAAUCCCAGAACGUAACGACCGAACUAAACUCAGUAAGCCUUCGGUACUUUUCUUGUACGAACUUCUAUAAAUUUAAUUUGAGACAGUUUGACGCUCGUUUGCGUCCAUGAUUCUGGGCUGGCUUCGAUUAAUCAAAUCUCAACUUCCAUUUUUAGCUUCAGUGAAAUUUGAGGGUUCAAUUGCUCGCAUGGAAUGACUUCUUUCAUUCCCCUCUUUUUUCUGUUUGUUUUUUUUUUUUAUGUGGGUUGGUUGGUUUCGAGAAGGCUGUGCAAUUGUUUAUUCUAAUCACUGCUGCUUUAAUGAUACGAUGAUUAUAGCAAAUACUGCUACCUGGGUCUUUUCAUGAUUGAUUCAUAUGCUGGGAUCAAUGAAAAUGUCUACUGCCACUGUAUAGCAUAAAGAUAAUUUAGGUGUUGCUUUGCAAAUGUGGUUUGGAACAAUUGUGGAAGUGUUGGUUUGAUAUUUCUGCAUGACAGAAUUCAUCUCUUACGUUAAAUAAAGCUUCAAAUUACAUUUCUUUUGCAGGUUCAUGCAUCCAAGCAUAUGAGCAACCUCUUUGUGGAUCAUAAAAUCGGAGUUGGAUGCAUUGGUUGGCAUCUGACUUUCACUACCCUUUCGUGACUAGUAGAAGUCCUCUGAAACUAGAAAGGGUUUAUGGCUUGCAGAAACUAGACAAAAAGAAUGAUCUAAAGUGUGGCAUCCAUAAUGUUUAAGUUAGGCUACUCUGGUCUUGUAUCUAUGUAUUUACGGACCCAUAAGCACGCUGUUAGCGUCUGUGUUCCGUAUCUGCAAUCAUUUUCCAGCCAAACUGAGGUUCUCAAUUCAUCGAAACCGAGAAACCAUAUAGCCCAGCAAUCUUCAUCAGAUCAGAGUGAACUAAGUAAGGGGAAUGGAGAGGCAUUUCAUAUUUCGCACCCAUGGCCUGAGUGGGUGGAUCUGAUGGAGUUGUUGUUUAGGCGAGGCUACUUUGAGGCUGAUGGCAAUCCGUUUCAAAGAGAGGAGCUGGGUGGCAAGGAGACCAACAGCAUCAGAACAGCAUGCCUUAACUUUGCUCGUGAUCAGUUUGGACUUAUAAGGUUCUUCUCAAGGAAAGAUAUCCAGAUCAUCACAGGGUUUGGCUGCCCAAGCUUGGAUAGGAAAGUUAUCAACUCAGCGAAACGUCUACGUGCACAUGUUGGUGUCAACGAAGGAAAUGUCUGUAGUUCCUGUAACUUGAGGGGAGAUUGUGAGAGGGCCUAUGUAAAGGCCCGAGAAGAUGAAGGUGGGCGGACUGUGGAUGUUAUGCGAAUUCUUUUGACACAUGGGCUUGAUUUCGUUUCUGGUACAGUGGAUAAUAAGCCAUGUCAAAACAAAAUGGUCAAUGAUUCUGCUAGGAAUUUACUGAAAGAAAUGGCGGAGUAUGGCGGCCAGCAGCUUGACUCUAAUGGGUCAAAUAACACAACUCUUGAAGUAGGAGCGAGUGAGAGGCAUCGUUUGAAUUCAGAAGGGAAAAACGGCUUCACAAAGGUUCCCAUGAAGCAAGGCGACUGGCAUUGUCCCAAGUGCGAUUUCAUCAAUUUUGCUAGGAACAUCAAGUGCUUGAGAUGCAAUGGGUUUUCUGAAGAAAGGCUGAAGCAUUUGAGACAAGAUCAUGAUCAUCUUCCAUUGAAGAAAGGCGAUUGGAUUUGUCAAAAGUGCAAUUUCUUGAACUUUGCCAAGAAUACAAGAUGUUUGCAAUGCGACGAAAGGCCUCCAAAGAGGCAUCUGAAUCCUGGGGAAUGGGAAUGCCAGUCGUGUAAUUACAUCAACUUUAGGAGGAACAUGAUAUGCUUGAAGUGUGAUCAUAGGCGGCCAAUAGUGUCAAAUCCUUCUUCCAGCACGCCUACUCAGCUUGACCACAUCAACGCUGCCAAAGAUGAAGAGGACACGCGGUCAAGAACCGCUAACAAUGAUGGAUUGAGUGACCUCGAACCCGCGAUGCAAGACCACUAUAAUCGGAAGUUAUGUGGAAACAGUCGGAGAUUUGUGGAAGAGGGAGCAGUUGGGGACUAUGGUUCCAAGUUCAUAAAUUUCCCAAUUGCAGGAGGUAAGAGCACAUUGUCGCGGGACCCAUCAGCAAGAGAAGAGUGGAAGCUGCAAAUGUUGGAAAGGGGCAAAGUUGGUACCAGAAGAACCAAAGGCAACAACGAAUCGCAUCAAAACGAUGAUACAGCACAAGCCCCAGGAUGGCUGAACUCCCUUGACCCUACUGAUGAGGAUGAUUAUGACGAUGAUAUUGCCACAUGGUUUGGGGAUGCAAAGAAAGAUAAAAUAUAAACACUUUGCAGUAAUUUACUACUCAUCCAGGUAAGGUUAGGUGUGUGCAGUGGCACGUCUUAGUACUGUAUUAUUCGUCGGUGAACUUCGGGUAUUGCUGGGGACAUCUCUUAAGUGUGACAUGUGGUUGUUCAAGGUUAGGUUCUCAAUUGCGGAGGGGCUUUCUAUUGAGUUGUAUAGUCAUUUUGACAGUAAAAUGCGAGAGCCAUUUACCGUUCAGUUGCUCUGUUGAUUGCAGCAUUGUGGCUAAAGGCACUUUUGGAAGUUCUUCCUUUCUGUCCAUCCAAUCCUCAGUUCCACUCUCUGCUCCCUCUGAACAAGGAAGUAUGGGCAUUUCUGACUCAAACUUUUCUAUCAGGAGCAGAAACGCAGUACAAAUACACCUAGCCCCCCUUUUCCUCGGUUGUGCAUUAUUGUUGACCCAAUAUAGGUUACUUUUUUGUUAUUAGGUACUGAAGGGGCUUGAACCUGGGACCUCCAGGUUCAUGGCUAGUGGUAUUAUCACUAGACCAAUCCUUUGUUCGUACGUUGGAGUAUUACUUUUGCAUCAUUAAAAAAUUGAUGCUUUAACUAAUAUAUGAUAAAUCCAUUAAUUGUUAGUAAUAUCGACCCAUCAUUUGAUGCAUAUAAAUUUAUCGAAUUAAAAAAAUGAGAUUUUAUAGAUUGAUCUAUUAAGAAUGAGGACGAAAGUCAAAAUAUGUAGCCAGCCACCCAAACAAAGAGGUAAAACCUUGCAUAUAUUUACCCUAACAGUGAAGGAAAGUUCCUUCACCGAGAGAUACAUUGCGUAGUAACAUGCAUCAUUAAAUGCAAUAGCUGAAAGCAGUUGGGGGAACGGAUUGGAGAUGACUGAAGUUGGUUGUAGAUUUAAAUUUCCACAUUUAAGCCCAUAUAUAUAUGUAAUAAAGAACAUAAAAAAGA